AGAAGAGACGGAGGAGGAAGACACGGAGGCUGAUGAAUCAGUGACUCACUGAGUCGGAUUUUAGCGAUUCAUUGCCUCCAUUGAAGAUCUUCUUUUCCUUCACAUGCUCGACUCUUUGUCCACGAUGUUUACGAUGUAACUGACAAAUCAAUCUUCAGAUCUGAGUUUCUUAUGGCUUACCUGAUGUAACACCAAGCUUAAGUUUCCUACUGCCUUUGUUGUGAGCUCGUGUUGGUUCUGAGAGAUGGCAAUGGCAGUUUUUAAGUCUCCAAUUAAAGGUGAAUUCCAUGGACCUAGAAAGAUGGAAGGGAAAGAGUACAAGCAUCAUCAUCUGCUUCAGCGUCAGUCUUCAGGAAGAAGACGUGUCUUUGUGCAAACCGAAACUGGCUGUGUUUUGGGGAUGGAUCUUGACCGUAGUGACAAUGUUCAUACUGUUAAAAAGAGGCUUCAGAUUGCGUUUAAUUUCCCCACGGAGGAAAGUUCAUUGACCUUUGGGGAUCUGGUACUUAAGAACGAUGAUUUGAGUGUUGUGAGGAAUGAUUCUCCGCUUCUGUUAAAGCGUAACUUAAUGCACAGAAGCUCGUCUACUCCGUGUUUGUCACCUACUGGGAAUGAUCUGCAGAGGAAAGAUCUUAGUGGUCCUAUUGAGAUACUUAGCCACUCGCGUUGUUUUCUGUCUUUGAAACAAACGGGGAAUGACAUUGUUGAGGCGAUGAAAGCAGGUGUUGAGCCAAUCCUUGUUAACGGUGGGAUGGGAGGUGCAUACUAUUUUAGGAAUGAGAAGGGUCAGAGCGUUGCGAUUGUCAAGCCUACAGAUGAAGAACCGUUUGCUCCAAACAAUCCUAAAGGCUUCACAGGGAAAUCGCUUGGGGAGCCUGGCUUAAAGCCUUCUGUGCGAGUCGGGGAAACUGGAUAUAGAGAAGUUGCUGCCUACCUUCUUGACUAUGAUCACUUUGCUAAUGUUCCUCCUACGGCACUUGUGAAGAUAACACACUCUGUGUUCAAUGUCAACGAUGGAGUGAACGGGAACAGAUCUCGUGAGAAGAAGAAGCUGGUCAGCAGCAAGAUUGCUUCGUUCCAGAAGUUUGUAGCUCACGAUUUUGAUGCUAGUGAUCAUGGUACGUCGAGCUUCCCAGUUGCUUCUGUGCACCGCAUUGGGAUACUGGAUGUAAGGAUUCUCAACACAGACCGGCAUGGUGGAAACCUUUUGGUGAAGAAGCUUGAUGGGAGGUUUGGUCAAGUGGAGCUUAUUCCGAUAGAUCACGGUCUUUGCUUGCCAGAAACACUCGAAGAUCCUUACUUUGAGUGGAUUCAUUGGCCUCAGGCUUCGAUACCUUUCUCUGAAGAAGAGCUUAGCUACAUACGAAAUCUUGAUCCAGUGAAAGACUGUGAAAUGCUGCGAAGAGAGCUUCCAAUGAUUCGAGAGGCGUGUCUUAGGGUUCUAGCUCUGUGUACUGUUUUCCUUAAAGAAGCGGCUGCUUAUGGACUCUGUCUUGCAGAGAUUGGCGAGAUGAUGACUCGGGAGUUCCACGCAGGAGGAGAAGUUCCAAGUGGACUGGAAAUGGUGUGUAUCGAAGCCAAGAGAUUGAUUGCAGAAGUAGAUGUUUUAUCUCCCAAGUCAGAUCUAGAAGGAGAGACGGAGUUUCAGUUUGAUCUAGACUACAGUGACUUAGAUUCGGUUUAUAGCUCGAAGACCCAAACCGUCAUCGUCAAAAACCCAUUUUCAAACGGACGUUCUUCACUUGGAAAGCUCGAAGAAGAAGAAGAGGAUGAAACCGAAGACGAGGCAGGACUUGCUCUAUCUCCCUCAAAGCUUUCGACAUCAACCAAGGACAACAAAAUGGGAUCUAUGUACUUGAACACUCCAAGAGACGAAACCGAGAGAACAUUGUCAAGCCACAAGAGCGCGAACGUGCUGCUACCGGUUAGCACAAACUUUGUGAAGUUAACAGACAUGAUGGAAGCCGAAUGGGUUGUGUUCUUGGAGAAGUUUCAGGAGUUGCUUGACUCUGCUUUUGCAGAACGUCGGACCAUGACGUUGAGGAGUAGACAGAGACUUGGUACUUCGUGCCAGUUUUGAGAACAUACAAGACUUAAAACUUCUCGGUCACAUGAUAGAAAAAAACCCGACGAAUUUACGUUUCACGGGUUGUGAAGUAAUGACUUGUUACCUACGUUACGAUUAGCAUACUUUUGUGGCCACGACGAUCAAUUGCAAUGCGAAUAAAGUCUUUUUAACCAUCUCUAGUGAAUAUUUCUAUUUUUAUCUCAUGUUUACAAGAAUAACAAUAGUUGUUGUCCGGCAUCAUGUUUACGGAAUAUAUAUAACCAGUUAAAAAAGGU